AUGGUUGCUCAGAAACACUGCACAAACUAUGAUGCAGAGGUUCAGACUCUCAUUCAUGCUGCCCACAUCAUCAGCACCAGAGAGGAGAACUGUUCACAUGUCGUCUUUCUGACAAAUGCUCUCUCUGCCCUCCAGGCUUUUGAAAACAACAAGCUUGAUAGAAUUUCAGAAGCCCUACAUCCUAUCAGCAGUGUCAACCAAGUCGUGUUACAAUGGAUCCCCGCUCACUGUGGCAUACCAGGAAAUGAAAAUGCAGACAGUCUGGCAAAACUGGGUGCAGCUACAGAACUGGAGGAUAACUGGGUGACACACGAAGAAAUGAAAUCCCAUAUUAAAUCUCUUUAUAGACCUCCCAAACAAACCAAUGAUUAUUACCUGUUGUACCGUCAGGAACAGGUCAACAUUUUCCGACUAAGGACUGGACACAACAGGAUGAACCAGCAUAUGCAUAAGAGGUUCCGGCUUGUACCUUCUUCCAUGUGCUCCUGUGGAGAAGCAGGACAGACGACUGAACAUGUCAUCCAAGAUUGCAUAAACCUACAGCAGCUGAGGGAGACUACCUGA